GUCAUUAUUAGAGGUCUUUUCUUGUUUCUUUAUUCUUUUUUUCUUUUUGUUUCACUUUCACUGUUUCUUUUUGUUUGGUAGGAAAUGGAAAUGUUUUUUUUUGCUACCAUCACUCACAUCACUUGCAAUACCGAUAAGCACUUUUGCUCCUCCGCUUAGCCAGUAUAAAAGGAAGCUCCAUUAAUCGUUGCAUCGCGGAGUUAUGCUAUAGAUAGUGUAGCAAUCGGCAGUUGUGCAAGAUGAACGUUUUGAAAGUGAUUAUAGCAGUAAUGUGGGUGCUUUUUACAUCUACAGUCCAAGGCGACGAUCAUCAUAACGCCACAGAUAGGUUCCUCCCAGGGUUUGCAUACGAGAUGAUUGCAAACAAAUUGGAGUACCUGCAGCACAAACUGCACGGAAUGGAAUCGACUAUAAAAGAGGAUAGGAAGUCUUUCGCUCAACAGAUUCAGUCAAACAUGGAGCUUAUUGAGGGAGCCUACGCUAACCACGUAAAGCUGAGGGAAGAGAUCCAACUGCUUGCGUCAAAGAAAGAUCUUGCACGAUUUGUGACUAUUUCCGGCUUGGAUCUUCAGAGCAUCUCGUUUGAAUCAUGCAAGGAGAUUCUAUCGAAGCGAUCGGGAAAAUACCUAUUACAGCGUAGCAAAAUCGAUAAACCUUUCCCGGUAUAUUGCGAACAGACAGCUUUCGGAGGAGGUUGGUUAGUGUUCCAGUAUCGUUACGAUGGAUCGGUGGACUUUUACCGCAACUGUACCGAGUAUCGGGACGGAUUUGGCAGCAUCGAUGGUGAAUUCUGGCUUGGGCUGGAGUAUUUGCAUCACGUGACGUCAGCACGAAAGCACGAGUUGCUGGUGGAGCUGAAGGACUUCGAUGGCAACUACAUAUACGCACGGUAUGAUGAGUUCGAGAUCGGGAGUGAGGAGGAUCAAUAUGCGUUAACGAAGCUGGGAUCGUACACAGGAACGGCCAAUGACUCCUUGAUAGGAUCGGGACAAUGA